GGCAGGGUGGUAAGCCCGCUCCUGCCCAGGUCCAUUCCUGCUCCCACCAUUGGUGGCCACAGAAGGAGCUGGACAGAGGCACCUGUAAUGCGGUGAGCCAUGCCCGGCCGGCGUUCCGGACACCCUCGCCCGCUGUCCUGCCCUCCUCGGCCAGGCCAGGCCACCCCGUGGGAGCGACCGCCGGGCGGCCCUCCCCAAGAGGUUUGCCUCGAGGUGUAUAAUGCAGCUCCGCCCCGCGUCAAGCCGAGCCACCGGGUGGGCCAGCCGGCCGCCCCUCGAUGGGUCCGCCGGCCCAACCCCAAGGACCCUGGUGCUCGAGAGUCAGAGAGCAUCACCUUCAUCUCGGGCUCGGCCGAGGCGCCCCCAGACACCACCGCCUGCUGCCUCCCCCGGCCGUGGGUGUGGAACCUGUGCAAGGCCGUGUUCUGUUUCCGGCGCUGCCGGGCAUGCUAUCAGCGCUGCGGGGGCUGCGUGCGCAGCUGCGAGACCUGCCUGCCCUCCCUGGGCCCUCCGGAGAACUUUCCCGAGGAGGGCUGGGGCAAGGAACAUAACGGCGGCCCGCCCCCCAACAGCCCCACCAUCGCUUCCCCCAGCCGGCGCGUGGGGGAGAGGCUGAAGCCGACGACGGGCAGCAGCUUCAGCUACCCCGACGUCAAGCUCAAGGGCAUCCCCGUGUACACGUCGUAUCGGGGCGGGCCGGCCCCGUCCUCAGACGCCGACUCCUGCUACAAGGAGCCCCUGGCCGAGCAGCCGCCCCGAUACAGCCUUCCCGGGACGCUGGGCGGGAGUCCCCGAAGCUCGGAGGAGUAUUACUCCUUCCAUGAGUCGGACCUUGACCUGCCCGAACUGAGCGGCGGCUCCAUGAGCAGCCGAGAGAUCGACGUGCUCAUCUUCAAGAAGCUCACGGAGCUGUUCAGCAUGCACCAGAUCGAUGAGCUGGCCAAGUGCACCUCGGACACGGUGUUCCUGGAGAAGACCAACAAGAUCUCCGACCUCAUCAGCAGCAUCACCCAGGACUACCACCUCGACGAGCAAGACGCUGAGUGCCGUCUGGUCCGGGGCAUCAUCCGGAUCAGCACGCGCAAGAGCCGCAACCGGCCGGCCCCCGUGACCUGCGAGAGCCGCCUAAGCAGAGGGCCCGCUCCCGACAGUGGCACCGACACCAUGGUGGCCUCCAUCCUCAGCCAGGACGAGCUGACUGUGCAGAUCUCCCAGGAAACAACAUCAGAUGCCAUCGCCCGGAAACUGAGGCCCUAUGGAACUCCAGGUUACCCACCAAGCCACGACUCCUCCUUCCAAGGAACAGAGACAGACUCCUCAGGAGCGCCCUUGCUCCAGGUGUAUUGCUAGCCCCUGCCCUUACCCUCUGGGGCCUCCUGGAACUGCAGGCAGGACAGACAGGCCCCAUGAACAAUUCCCUUCACCUCUUCCAGUGGGCCACCUUCUGAGCAGUUCUGGGGGCAGGGGCUCACACCCUAAUGCCAGGCUGCAGGCUCUGGAUGGAAAUGCCUUUGGGAGAUGAUGGCCUCCAGGGCCUUCUGUUGCUGUACCUUCUCUAUACCCCUUUUCCCAGACCGAAAGUUGUUUUCUUAGCACCAUGAAGCACCCAGUUUCAGGGCUUUCCUCCUGAUCACCAAAGGCUUUUCCCACCAGCUCUUUAGGGGAGGGGUCUAUGGGUCCCUUCCCCCAGAUACCUAGGGCCCUGCUGGCUUCAAGGGCUUUAUGCCUGGCUGAUGGAUGGAUGGAUGGGUGUUUUCUUUCAUUUCAUCCUCAAGGGCUUCUUAUCCUCAUAACACAUUAGGGUUGACUUGCCUUUAUUUGCAGAGGGCUUGGGUUUUGUUUUUCCCCCACUUUUGACUUCCCAGCUCUCCUUCAAUGAAGCAGGAGAUGCCUCCUCUAAUCCCAGCCCUCCCCAAUCUUUUUGGGUUAUGGACUCACUUGGGAUCAUGCAACUAUGGCUAUUGGACUUUGAGAAGUUGUACCAGACACCCAGUGGUUCCCCUUAACACUGGCUACCUACUACCUAAUUGGGUCCUUUUAACACCUACACCUGUGACUUAACUGUUUGAGAUGAUUGUAUGAUAUCGAUAAGAAUGCUGGUUGGCUGUUUCCACC